AUGGGUCGUGAUUUACAAAACCAUUUAUUAUUUGAAACAGCUACUGAGGUAGCAAAUAGAGUAGGUGGGAUUUAUUCUGUCUUAAAAUCUAAAGCACCGGUCACUGUCGCUCAAUAUAAAGAAAAUUAUACUUUAUUAGGUCCUUUAAAUAAAAGUACCUAUCAAAAUGAAGUUGACCCAAUUGAUUGGGAUUCAGAAGAUGCAUUUCCAGAUCAUUUGAAACCUAUCCAAGCUGCCUUACGUAAGAUGCGUGAUGCAGGAUUUUAUUUCAUUUACGGGAAAUGGUUAAUUGAAGGUUCUCCAAAAGUUAUCUUAUUCGAUUUAGAUUCAAUUAGAGGCCAUCUAAAUGAAUGGAAAAGUGAUUUAUGGUCUCUUGUAGGAAUUCCAUCUCCAGAAAAUGAUUCUGAAACUAAUGACGCUAUUCUAUUAGGUUAUACUGUGACUCGGUUCCUUGGUGAAGUCACUGUCCUUGAUCAAACUCAUGCAAUUGUAGCGCAUUUCCACGAAUGGUUAGCAGGUGUUGCUUUACCAUUAUGUCGUAAGAAGAAAAUUGAUGUUGUAACAAUUUUUACUACACAUGCUACACUUUUAGGUCGUUAUUUAUGUGCAGCUGGGGAUGUCGAUUUUUAUAACAAUUUAGAACAUUUUGAUUGUGAUCAAGAAGCUGGGAAACGUGGUAUUUAUCACAGAUAUUGUAUUGAGCGUGCCGCUGCACACACAGCUGAUGUCUUCACAACUGUAUCUCAAAUUACUGCUCUAGAGGCAGAACAUCUUUUGAAGAGAAAACCUGAUGGUAUCUUACCAAAUGGUAUUAAUGUUGUUAAAUUUCAAGCUGUUCAUGAAUUCCAAAACUUACAUGCUUUGAAAAAAGAAAAAAUCAACGAGUUCAUUAGAGGUCAUUUCCAUGGUCAUUUUGAUUUUGAUUUAGAUAACACAUUAUACUUUUUCAUCGCUGGUCGUUAUGAAUAUAAAAACAAAGGUGCUGAUAUGUUUAUCGAGGCAUUAGCUCGUUUGAAUUAUAGAUUAAAAAUGGCCGGUUCAAAGAAAACCGUUGUCGCUUUCAUUAUCAUGCCUGCAAAGAAUAAUUCUUAUACUGUGGAGGAAUUAAGAAGUCAAGCUGCUGUGAAAUCCCUAGAGAACACAGUCAAUGAAGUCACAAAGAAUAUCGGUAAGAAAAUCUUUGAUCAUGCAUUGAAAUUCCCUCACAAUGGUGUCAGUUCAGAAGUACCAGAUAAUUUGGAAGAAUUAUUGGGUCAAUCUGAUAAGAUUAGAUUAAAGAGAAGAGUUCUUGCUUUAAGAGCAGAAAACCACUUACCAGCAAUUGUAACACAUAAUAUGAUCGACGAUGCUAAUGACCCAAUCUUGAAUCAAAUCAGACAUGUUCAAUUGUUUAACAAUUCCAGUGACCGUGUUAAAGUCAUCUUCCAUCCUGAAUUCUUAAACUCCAACAAUCCAAUCCUAGGGUUAGAUUAUGAUGAGUUUGUCCGUGGUACUCAUUUAGGUGUUUUCCCAUCUUAUUAUGAACCUUGGGGUUAUACUCCUGCUGAAUGUACUGUUAUGGGUAUUCCAUCCAUUACUACCAACUUAUCAGGGUUUGGUGCUUACAUGGAAGACUUAAUAGAAACUAAUCAAGCCAAAGAUUAUGGUAUCUAUAUUGUGGACCGUAGAUUCAAGAAUCCAGAUGAAUCUGUCGAACAAUUGGUCGAUUACAUGGAAGAAUUCACAAAGAAGAAUACUAGACAAAGAAUCAAUCAAAGAAAUAGAACUGAACGUUUGUCUGAUUUGUUGGAUUGGAAGAGAAUGGGUCUAGAAUAUGUUAAGGCUAGACAACUAGCCUUAAGAAGAGGUUACCCUCAAGAAUUCAAGAUCAUGGUUGGUGAAGAGCUGAACGAUGACAGUAUGGACACGUUAGCUGGUGAAAAGAAAUUCAAGAUUGCUAGACCUUUGAGUGUUCCUGGUUCUCCAAGAGAAUCGAGAGCUGGCAGCACUGUAUUCAUGACUCCAGGUGACUUGGGUACUCUACAAGAUGCAAACAACGCUAAUGAUUACUUUAAUUUAAGUUUAAAUGCUGACGGAACUCCAGUUUACGAUGACGACGAUGACGACGAUGACGAUGACAACGAAAACGCUAAACAAUAA